AGCAAAACGAUCCUCAAACGAGAACUCUUGUCGGCUGACAUCCCCGACGAACAACAACACGAAAGACAAACAUCAAGCAAGAGAACCCGCAGCAACCAUGUCGGCCCCAAGCAAACGAUCCGUGAAAUUUAUGGAGUCCUCGAGCGACCAACCCCCGCCCAAAUGGAGCCGUCCGAUGGGAAGCAACAGCAACAGCGGCAGCGGCGAAGCCCCCCGAAACAGAAACCCCCCGGGCGUGCUGCGGCCAUCCUCCCACAGAGUCCACGCCGGGAACCACCGCGGCCGGAACCAGCGGGGCAACGAGGACGAGCUGGACGACAUCGACGACUGGAACGAGCAAGAGGACGGAGACCACGGAAUCGGGGACCAAGGGCUCCCGACCCAGUCCCAGCUGAUCGAGGUAAAGCGGCGCCGGCGGGAGCAGCGGGGAGAACGGAUCGCCGCGUUCGACGGUGACCAUCCCGACGAGGCCGAGGCCAGCCUCGCUACGGAAGGGGUCAGGAUCGAGCCCUUUCACAUGAGGGAGGAAGAGACGGACGGGACGGGGUACUUUGACGGGGACACCUACGUCUUUCGGCGAAACGUCCCGGCCGGGGACGGGGAGGCCGAUGCCUGGGCGGACACGCUGAUGCGCGACGGGGACGACGACGGAGACGGGCCGGCCAUUGGGAUUGCCACAAGCGUUCGGGACUUGUCGUCGUCGUCGUCGUCGUCAGCGGCAACGUCCGCGCAGGAGGACCUCGACGGCUUGUCGAAGGAGCAACUGUACGAACGCAUCGUCCCCCUGCUGGGAGAUGCCAGGGAGUCGAUCAUGCAGGCGAUCCAGCGGUACGGGAGGCUCGCCAAGACCAAAAACGGCAAGAAGCACCGGAGGAACCACCACCACCACCAGCAACAACAGAAGCAACCGCAAGAGGCGGAGAGCGGCAACAACGACAACGGCAGGGCCACCGACGUGGCAAAAUCGCACCUGGACGACCUGACCGGGGUAGCAAACGCCCUGUUGCUGAAAGGAGAGGUCAAUAUCUACGACGCAUCGCGGCACGACAUAUUCCGCAGGUUUCCCUCCUUGUCGACGCAGCCGGGAUCGAAGCCAGACAGUGGUGGGCCGGCGGCACCGCUGUCCAAGAACGUAAAAUGGGAGUACCAGGGAAACGAGGACAAGCAGUUGCACGUGGUGACCACGGAACAAAUGAUAGCAUGGGUGCAGUCCGGGUACUUUGUGGGAGCCCAGAGAGUGAGAAUCAGGACGAUCGCCGUGCAAGGAGAAGGGAACGCAUCAAAACCCGAAUCGGCCGAACCAUCCUUGUCGACCCAGGACGACAUGCUUGCAGAUCUCAUGGACGACGACAGCGAGGACGAAGAAGAUAGCCGACCCGCCAAGAAGGCCAGGGAGACCGGGUCCACCACGACUGUCAAGGGAGAGUGGAUGUGGUCCGACGAGGUGGAUUACAAAAAGUAUAUGUUGUAGUAGUUGUUGCCGGGAGUGCAAGCACUGCCGUGCGACAGAAAACACAAAUGGGAGAUCACUAAAGCAACACAACGCGACGCCACACCAAAGACCCAUUUUGUGKCUUUCACCACCAUACGUAGACUUGUUGUAUCGUGGUUGCAUCGCACCACUCUCUGCCCUGCAACAAAUCACCAACGGCCUGUUUUGUCCCGUCCGGAACCCGUCCCUUCCCUGCGGUAUCCGGCAAGGGAACACCGAGGUCCAAGAGUGGACCGCAGCGGAUCGACUCCAGCCACGGCCCUCUGCUUCCGGUCACCGUGCAAAGGCCGACCCAAACCCGGCCAUUGGUGGUCGCGGCAGGCCAGGGGCACGGUGGCUGCCGGAAACGAACCCACCACCAACGCAGGAAGAAAACAACGGCGGGCCAUACCAGGUCUCGUGCCCUUGACAUCCAAGGCAAAUCGUUUUGUACAGAGCGGGCCUCAGCCUCAGCAGCAGAUAUCCGGGUGGAUACCAACGGGGAGAAUAUCAUGUGUCUUUGACUUGGCCACUUGCGCAACGUGCGAUACAAAGAAGCACAACUCCCGUUUUGAAACGACCUUACUUCAGUGAACAGUAGUACGUACCUACAGUAAUAUCUGAAGAGGAAUAUUAAAUAAUGUACAUGCCC